UAGCCUGAGUGGACCACGUGACAUGUGGCAGCAAGGACUGAACGCGACUUACAUCGUGACCAGCGCUGUCCACCAUGAACUCUCCUGAUCCAGAUUCUCCGAUCUCAACUGAUUCAUCCGAUUCACCCCCACCUGAUGACUUUCAGUUCGUAGCAAGUGGCCCGAGCGCCCGCGAUCCUCAUACAUCGUUCCUCCAUUCCGCUACGACUCAAAUAUUGGGAAACCUCUCGUCGGUGAUGCCUAGCCCUGGAUCUAAGCGCCGCCUCCCUGGUGGCUCUUCCUUCGAUGGUCCUUCACGGAGAGAUCCAAAGACGAGGAGACGAGAGGAUGCAAUGAGCAUGGGGGGAAAUUCCCGCAGAAUGGCUGAAGGCCAAAAUCAAAAUGCAGGAGGAAGUAACAUUGGAAUAACUGCGAAUAAUGCCUGGGGAGCGAAGAGCGAGCACGGGAACAGACGUGAUAAGGAAGAUCUUGUUGAUGUUUUAAUGGCAGAACAACUUAGAAAAGAAUUCGGAGAUCCGUUCUUGGAGACAGCCAUUAAAAGCCUGAGCUGAUUGAUGCACUACACUAUCCAAGUCGUUCUCCCUAGUUGCCGUUCAUAACGUUGUCAUUCUCGUAUUGGACCAACGGGAAUGUCUCAUGAGCGCACGAAGUGACAUCCCUGAGUUGUUCUCGUUCUUUGAUAGCGCGGAACUUGUAU